GGCGGCCGGAGCGCAGCUUUCGUCCCCGGCGUGGCACCGUCGCUGUCAUUAGCGCCGCCUGCUCCCGCGGGCCCGCGGACCCAGCUGUCAGGCCAGCCCAGUGGAGCAAAAUGAGAGCGCAGUGAGCGGGCCCAGCCGUCCCCGACGCCCACCAUGAAUCACUUGGAGGGCUCCGCGGAGGUGGAGGUGACCGACGAGGCGGCCGGCGGAGAGGUGAACGAGUCGGUGGAGGCCGACCUGGAGCAUCCCGGGGUGGAGGAGGAGCAGCCGCAGCCGCCCGCGCCGCAGCCGCAGUAUGCGGGCCGGGCCCCGCGCGGGCGCGCCGUCGAGGACCGGCAGCCGCAGCCGCCGCCGACGGAGGAGGAGGAGCGCGGGGAGAGCCUGGCGCGCUCGGCCAGCACCGAGAGCGGCUUCCACAACCACACCGACACGGCCGAGGGCGACGUGAUCGCCGCGGCGCGCGACGGCCUGGACGCGGAGCGCGCGCAGGACCCCGAGGACGAGAGCGCGUACGCCGUGCAGUACCGGCCCGAGGCCGAGGAGUACACGGAGCAGGCGGAGGCCGAGCACGCCGAGGCCACGCACCGCCGCGCGCUGCCCAACCACCUGCACUUCCACUCGCUGGAGCACGAGGAGGCCAUGAACGCCGCUUACUCGGGCUACGUCUACACGCACCGGAUGUUCCACCGCGGCGGCGGCGGCGACGACGAGCCGUACGCCGAGCCGUACGCCGACUACGGUGGCCUGCAGGAGCACGUGUACGAGGAGAUCGGGGACGCGCCCGAGCUGGACGCGCGCGACGACGGCCUGCGGCUCUACGAGCAGGAGCGCGACGAGGCGGCCGCCUACCGCCAGGAGGCCCUGGGCGCGCGGCUGCACCACUACGACGAGCGCUCCGAUGGCGAGUCCGACAGCCCCGAGAAGGAGGCCGAGUUCGCGCCCUACCCGCGCAUGGACAGUUACGAGCAGGAGGAGGACAUCGACCAGAUCGUGGCCGAGGUCAAGCAGAGCAUGAGCUCGCAGAGCCUCGACAAGGCGGCCGAGGACAUGCCCGAGGCCGAGCAGGACCUGGAGCGUGCUCCCACCCCGGGAGGGGGCCGCCCCGACAGCCCCGGGCUACAGGCACCCGCCCCCGGGCAACAGCAGCAGCUGCCGCAGCGGGCGGCGGGCCCCGUGGUCGGAGGCGAGGUGGCACAGCGGUACAGCAAAGAGAAGAGAGAUGCCAUCUCGCUGGCCAUCAAGGAUAUCAAGGAGGCCAUCGAAGAAGUGAAAACCAGGACCAUCCGUUCGCCUUACACCCCCGACGAACCCAAAGAGCCCAUCUGGGUCAUGCGCCAGGACAUUAGCCCCACCAGGGACUGUGACGAUCCGAGGCCUGUGGAUGGAGAUUCUCCAUCGCCUGGCAGCUCCUCGCCCCUGGGUGCUGAGUCGUCAAGCACACCCCUUCAUCCCAGCGACCCCACGGAAGCCUCCACAAAUAAAGAGUCAAGGAAAAGCUUGGCUUCUUUCCCAACCUACGUUGAAGUUCCUGGACCUUGUGACCCGGAAGACUUGAUCGAUGGAAUCAUUUUUGCUGCCAAUUACCUUGGCUCUACCCAGCUGCUGUCAGACAAAACUCCCUCCAAAAAUGUGCGCAUGAUGCAGGCCCAGGAAGCAGUAAGCAGGAUCAAGAUGGCCCAGAAAUUAGCCAAAAGCAGGAAGAAGGCUCCUGAAGGCGAAUCUCAGCCAAUGACUGAGGUGGAUCUCUUCAUUUCUACCCAGAGGAUCAAAGUGCUGAAUGCGGAUACACAGGAGCCCAUGAUGGACCACCCUCUGAGGACCAUUUCCUACAUAGCAGAUAUCGGGAACAUCGUAGUGCUGAUGGCUCGCCGGCGAAUGCCUCGCUCUAACUCCCAGGAGAACGUGGAAGCCUCCCAUCCAUCGCAGGAUGGGAAAAGACAGUACAAGAUGAUCUGCCAUGUCUUCGAGUCUGAGGAUGCCCAGCUGAUCGCACAAUCCAUAGGGCAGGCAUUCAGUGUGGCGUACCAGGAAUUCCUCAGGGCCAAUGGGAUUAACCCUGAAGACCUCAGCCAGAAGGAGUACAGCGACCUGCUUAACACCCAAGACAUGUACAACGACGACCUGAUCCACUUCUCCAAGUCAGAAAACUGCAAAGAUGUUUUCAUAGAGAAGCAGAAAGGAGAAAUCCUAGGAGUUGUGAUCGUGGAGUCUGGCUGGGGGUCCAUCCUACCAACAGUGAUCAUAGCCAACAUGAUGCACGGAGGCCCGGCAGAGAAAUCAGGGAAGCUGAAUAUUGGGGACCAGAUUAUGUCCAUUAAUGGCACCAGCCUGGUGGGCCUGCCUCUGUCUACCUGCCAGAGCAUUAUCAAGGGCUUGAAGAAUCAGUCCCGGGUGAAGCUGAACAUUGUGAGAUGUCCUCCAGUGACCACCGUGCUAAUCAGAAGACCAGACCUUCGCUACCAGCUGGGUUUCAGUGUCCAGAAUGGAAUUAUCUGCAGCCUCAUGCGAGGGGGAAUAGCUGAGAGGGGAGGGGUCCGCGUGGGACACCGGAUCAUCGAGAUCAACGGACAGAGUGUCGUGGCCACACCGCACGAGAAGAUCGUCCACAUACUCUCCAAUGCUGUUGGGGAGAUCCACAUGAAGACGAUGCCAGCGGCCAUGUACAGACUGCUGACGGCCCAGGAGCAGCCCGUUUACAUCUGAGCCCACGCCUCCGUGGUAGCGUGCAUGGAGGACUCUCCUCACUGUAGUUGUGUUUCUCGUGCUGCAUCCGUGUGUCCACUGAGACAUUUCCCUCUCACCGAAGAGAAGAACCUGCAAGAACCUCUGCUCUGUCUCUCUCCAGUUUGCUCUUUUUUGUUGUUGUUCCUUCUUAACUACCAGAGAAAUCUCACAUGUGCUUCCUUGAGGAUGGAGAAAAAUAACAUCUUCCUGAGUUCUACCCAGGACCAUCCGGGAAGCCUUUUGGGGUCGUGAGGUGGCUGUCACUAGCCAGGCAUCAUCCUCUGCAGGAGGCACAGACCUCCCUGAAGGCACUCGCAGGGGCAGCGCAGGAGCUGACUCAGCUGUGCCUAAAACCCAACUGCUGAUCCCUGCCUGCCCUUCUUGCCUCACCUGAUGGAAAUACAGUAGUGACGGGGACAGCCUCAGUCUUUAAGGAUAUAUUCACUGCCCACUGUGUAGUUAGGGCCACAUACAUUGUUUCUGCCCAGAAUUUCUGAGCCAACUCUUCCAUAACUAGUUUUAGUUUCAGUGGCUACGUAUGUGCUAAUAUGGGCCUUACAAGGAGAAAAGGAAGUGGCAGCCCUGGACACAGCCACCCCUAACACUGCAAAGAGCCUGCCAAGUCAUGGAGCACCUGAGGCUAUGCCAGGGCAACCUGAGGUUAUGAUUCAGCACACAAUCACAGGCAGGUUCUGUCUGUGCAUGCACAUGCGUGCACAUACACACACACACACACACACACACACACACACACACACACACUUGCGCGCACCUUGCUUCCUUCAGUCAAGUAGGCUGAAAAUCUAAAACUAAAAAUCCCAUAGCACCUCUCUGGAUGACGCUUUGCCCCAACAGGAGGCUAGCCUUGUUCCAAGAGAGAUGCCCUUCCUAGCUGAGGUCUGACCCUCCCAAUACCAGUUGACUUUUAGAAUGUCUCUUACACUCCUGCCCCUCCUGCUGGGGCUCUGAGAAGGACAGGCUGGUCCCCAAGGGGAUGGUGAUGUUGGGGCCAUAGUGUUUUGUUUCCUAGCCCCAGUCUGUACUUAGUCAGUCACGAAAUAGGACGUGGUGUUUAUAAGAGGCCACAAUAGUUCAUAAGCCACAAGACUAAGGGGACAAUAAUGACCUCAAGUUAGUCCUAAGAAUCCCCACAUUUGUUGCAAAAGUAUCCUCUUACUGUCUUCUGGGUCUGAGAGAGUUUUUAGCUAGUGUGGGAUACUUUGUGUCUCCCUGAGAAGCCUCACAUCUAUGGAUUAUGUCUGUCCCAUGCAGAUGUUUUAGUAAUAUUAUUAUUCUGAGCCAGUUUUCCACUUAUUUGUGGUCCAAAGAGCAUUUUGUUUUCAUGUGAGAUGUGGUUAUUUUUUGUUUUUGUUUUGUUUCAUUGAUGACCUCUAUAGAGACAGGGAAAGAAAAACUAAUAUAUUUUGUAAUAUUAAUAUAGUCCCUGUUCUCUGCCUCUAGAUCUGGGAUAUUUAUGUGUGUCUGUGGAAAUGGGAAUUCAGUGAGCAAAUGUUGGUCAGGAUGGAUUUAUGGAGAGAAUGAGGGAUUUGGGAGAAGAAGAAAUAUGAACACAACAAAAUGAAGAACAGGAGGGGAGCCGUCAGCCAGAGCGUGGCGUGGGCAGUCCCCUGGGAGCCACGCACUUGUGCUCUCUGCAAAGAGUCAGGAAAGCCAGUGCUUGAAAGGAGCUGGCAGCCAAGUCUUCAGUUUUACUUUAGUCCAAAAGUCCCAGAGAAGUGAGGCCACUGGUUGUCCACAUAUCACCUGAGAGGAAACAGGGCUGUUGCUGUAUGGGGUGGUACCACAGAAGCACUUGAGACCACUUGGACCUGGUUUUAAGAAUGAGGAGCAGGAACUAGGUUCUUUCCUAAAAUAACCUAAGGGCAGACAUUACAGUCAUAUACUAAAGAACCAGUCAUCAGUCCAUCACUCCUCUGCCAAGAGACACAGGUAGGACAGAAGGGAAGGACUGCCACUGGCAUUUCUGGCAGCAGUGGCCUCAGAAAACCUCUGAGGGGCUCAUGCCUGCCUGGACCCAGCAUGUUCACGGGUGGGUGGACACAUGCCCAAACAGCUGGACACAAUGGCAGAGGCUGGCCUGUGAUUGGCCAGUAAACAAUCUUCACAAACACAUCCCUGUACAACCCCCACUUAAGUAUCUUUACCCCAGGAAGAGAAGAAAGAGAAACUCCUUUCCAUUCCUACUGCACAAGAAACUUGGAAACUUUAAGCGGUGCUGGAAAGCCAAUCUUGGCAGCUCUCCUAGAAAACGAGCAUUCUAACGUAAGAGUAAGAUUAGCUGUGCACAUUCCUUUGUGCUCCUCACCCGCAGGCAUUGCUGUUGGAGCUAGGGCCCGGAGCACCUGGCUGCGGCAGGCCCUUCGUGCACAGCUAGUGUCAGCCUAUGAGGUUAAGCUUGGAGUUGGGAUCUCAUUUGACAUCCCCACAGACACAGUUAUAAAUGUAAAUAUUCUCAGCAGCCCACGAAAGGGGAAAGACUAGGUACAGAGCAGCCUGUCCCCACCCUGAGAGGCAGUCUUCUCAGCUGGGGCAGGCUGGUCCCUCAGCUUUGGGGACAAGCUCCCAGACUCACCAGGUUGCACCAGAACUCACCCCGCCUCCGUCCUCUCCACUGGAGCGUUUCAGAGAGCCAUUAACAGCCUUGGGUUUAGGAGAGGAAGAAAUUCCGCCCACACACAGACCAACGCCUGGAGCCUGCUUUCCAUACUUCCUUCCAGGCCACCGUAGGCUGGGGAGGGGGGAGCACAGCAGGGAGCCGCACCCCUGCACACGGGUUUGCUUCUGAACAUUGCCCUUCCACACUGGCCUUCAGGGAGUCCAGAGUAACCUACUACCUCCCCCACUGCUCCCUCCAGCCCCCCUCCACACCCAACGCUCCCUGGCACACACUGAAGAAAACCCACCCUCCGAGCCCUUCCUGGGCCUCCAUGCAGUGGCGUAGCUGUCACCAAUGUUUACAACUAAGGGCCGCCUCUUCCUGAGGUAGCAACUCUCACCUUUGUUAGAUCACUCCUUGGGUUGAGUUUCACCUCUGUCUGCUCCUUUCCUUGUUAGGGUCCACUUGAGCACAUGACUGAUUUUAUCACCCCCUCAUCAAGGCAGUGUGUGAGGACUGUGGGAAUGAAGUCUCUUGUACAUACUUAGCACGGCACCUGGAGUAUGACUUUACCGUUCUGUAAAGAGGGUGCAGUAGAGCUUACUGUAAAGUGUCGGGAGAAGUAUAGUAUUGUAUUUGUAACAAUAUCGUUCUUUGUAUACACAAAACUCGAUCUCUAUAUAUAAAUAUAAAUAAAUAUAUAAAUAAAAUAUAUCUACACGUGAGCCUGGAAUGUUGGCACCGCACACCCACUGAAUGUAUUUCCUCCGGCAGUCUGGUCACCGGUCCCAGCCCACCCUCCACCCCUCCUCUGUGCCGUGGCCGCAGUUGUCUGGUUUGGGGUUGUGAUGUAUUUAAUGUGUUAUCUCCUUAUUUAACUGAACGCUGAUGUCUGUAUAAGAGUUGCUGCAACAAUAAACAAGAACUUCACCUCUUG